AUGGGCUUGGAUCCUACGAAUCAAUGCAAAGCCAAAAAUGCAGCUGAUGGAUCCUUUAUGGACAAAACAUUUGCAAGGGUCACACAAAUCCUUUACAAGAUGGCAGAACAUAACCAAGCUUGGCACUCGGAAGACACCACGGGUGGAAUUGCAUAUGGUACUCCUUCCUUGACCAACAUGCUUAAGGAGAACCAAGAAAGAGAUCAAGUUAUUGCCGGGCUUGCCACCAAUAUCAAUGCGUUGACGAAGAUGUUCAUUGAAAGCCAAACAAAAAAGGUGAAUGUGGUGGAAGAUGUUCAACCCAUGUCAAAUGAGGAUUACGAGGAAGCAAAUUAUGUCAACAACUCUCAAGGAGGUUAUCAAAGGCAACCCUACAAAGUUAGAGAUGCAAAUGAGAGAUCUCUCAAGAGAGCAAAAUCCAAAGCAAAAGGCACACUCCCUAGCGACACAGUUGCAAACACAAAAGGUAGUGGAACGGGCCCAACUUCUCAUUGUAUGGCAAUCACAACUCGAAGUGGGAAACUACUUCAAGUAGAGAAUGAACAAGUGGUUGAAGUGGAAGAUUCCGAACAAGAAGUCGAGGCACAAGUUGAGGUGCCAAUUGUUGUUGAAGUUGAAAGACUCCUGAAGAAGAUUAAGGAAAAGGUAAUAGAGGCACCAAAAACUCUAGCAACAAUUCCUACACCUCCGCCUCCUUUCCCUCAAAGACUUGCAAGAAGGGUUGAUGAUAGAAAACUCGAAAAGUUCUAUGACAUUCUCAAGCAAUUAUCGGUAAACAUUCCAUUUGUGGAAGCAUUUCAAGAGAUGCCGGGUUUUGCUAAGUACUUGAAGGAAUCAAUCACAAAAAAGAUAACCACCAAGAAUGAAGUGCUGAAUGUGAAUCACUGGGUUAGUUCCAUCAUUGCAACAACCACGGUCCAAAAGAAAGAGGACCCGGGAGCUUUCAUCAUUCCAUGCACUAUUGGGUUGCACAAUUUUGCAUGA